AUGGCGGACCAAUCCAAGUACGCCAUCCAUGCUGCUUGCAGAGAGGGCAAGCUCUCAACCGUCCAGUCUCUCCUGAACGAGGCUCCUUCGCCUUCCGUCCCUCAGGCCGAGCCAAACCUCGCCAAGCGCAAAGACGACGACGGACGGCUACCCAUCCACUGGGCAGCUUCUGCAAACCAGCUGGACAUCGUCCAGCUGUUAUCAGAGCAGAAAGGAUUCGACGUCGAUGUUCAGGACGAGAUAGGCUGGACGCCGCUCAUGAUCGCAGCCAGCGUCAAGGACAGCGAGAGGCUCGUCGAGUUCCUCCUGAACAACACCGGCCAGACGGUCGUCCACUUCGUCGCCUCCAAGAACAACAUCGACAUAGCCCGCAGGCUCUUCGAGAACCAACCACCAGCAUCUGCACGGAUUCGUGACAAAAGGGGCCAGUACGCCCUCCACAGGGCUGCAGCCAUCGGCUCCGUGCCCAUGGUGAACCUUCUGAUCAAGAACAGGAGCCCCCUGAGCGCAACCGACAGCGACGGGCAGACGGCCCUGCACCACGCUGUGGCCGAGGGCCACGGGGACGCCGCCGUGGCCCUCCUCAAGGCCGGCGCCGAGUCGGACAAGAGGGACCUGGAAGGGCACCUGGCGCUGGAGCUGGCACCGGACAAGGAGGUGCGCAAGUACAUUGAGCGGAUGGCGGAGAACGAAGGCAUCGAGCUGUAG